AUGUUCGUGUUGAACAAAGAAUGUCGUGUUUGUUACGAAUCACUUCCAAGGUCUUCUUUUCGUGAAAUCACAGUAAAUUGUGACCAUGGAUUAUUUAUUUGUAAAUCGUGUGUUAGUAAACAUAUUUCAACCCAACUAGAUAGUAAAGGUGAUGUGGGAAUUAAUUGUCCGUUUGACAAUUGUGGAGAAAAUUUGGAGUAUCAUGAUGUCAAAAAACAAGCCAGCAAAGAAGUAUUUGAUAGAUAUGAUACCUUAACGCUUCUUCAAGCUUUGAGACAAAUGCCAGAAUUUAGAUGGUGUAAAAAUUCUGGAUGUGGUUCCGGUCAGAUUCAUUUUGAAGGAGAUGAUGCUCCUAUAAUGACUUGUGAAGCUUGUGGUGAAAAAUCCUGUUAUACCCAUGAUGUUCCUUGGCAUAAAGAUUUAACUUGUGAUGAGUAUGAUGUUAAUAGAAGAGGUGAAGAUGAGGCCACUCAAGAUAUGCUCGAUAGAGAAACCAAACCAUGUCCCAAAUGUGGUGUAAGAAUCAUUAAAUAUGAAGGAUGUAACCACAUGACUUGUAGAAUUAGCAGUUGUAAAUAUGAGUUUUGUUGGUUGUGUUCGGCUGAUUUUAAUGAGAUUAGGGCAAAUGGAAAUACAUCCCAUAAAUCUACUUGUCAAUUGUAUGCGUAA